CUCGGUGAGAAAUGGGAGGAGAAUCCAGGAGAUGGGAGUGGGGUGGUAAAUGGAGGAAGAGGUGGGGUCUGUAAAGCGAGUAGGGGGGCCUUCGUGGGAGGGGGCCCGGAGCGCGCGAACGGGGCUGAAGCAACUGGGACCGGAAGGGGGCGGGGCUAAGGUAAGAGCCCGCCUCCUCGGGGACCCAUAAGAAAAACAGGCAUGGGUGACGGGGGAGAAUGAGAAUGUCCAUUCAUUAUUCUUGUGUUCAGAGAGCGAGAGGCGGGAAGAUGACGGGGAUACUUGAUAGUUUGGCGUUGUUGCUUGGUUUGUUUUUAAUGGCGGUAUACCUGUACUUUAAACAGUAACCUGAAAGCAAGCAAAUGGAUCUUUGUGUAAUACUAUUGCUUCAAAUAUAUGUCGACUUAUUUUUUUUCCCUGAUACCAGGCUACUUUGAAAGGUACAGGGUUAUGAACGUCUGUAGAUGAAGAAAGUGGCAUAAGAAUGGAGAAUUAAAAGAGCUCCCGGAGGAUGGGCAGUGACAGUCCUGUCGAUUACAGUAGAGAAUGUGUGUGUGCAUAAAAAGAGUUGAGAUAGUCACUUAAUGCAGACGACAAUGAGAAGUAAGUGGUUAUAGGGCAUUGGGACAAGCCUAGGGUCUAUGCAGAAUCAGAAUGGUGGGUGCUUGGAACCAGGGAACAGAAGUAGGUGUGGGAUUCUAAAGAUAAGAAAAAGAUGGACUGAGAUGAUGCAGCCUCUAAUCAUGGGAUAGAUGUUCAGGGCAAAGGUACAAGACAGAGAGAGAUGUCGUAGUUGAGUAUAAGUGAUGGAAGAGGAGUUAAAUUCACAAGACUAUCAGGUUAAGUCAGACUCAGCAUUUCAAUCCAUUGGGCUUAAGUAACAGGUAAGUUUCCUCAAGUAUCAGUUCUGUGUUCAGAUGUAAUUAGGAGGGUAAAAUAUAAUUGGUGAGGGAUGCAGGGGACUGAUGAUAAAUAACACAAUCCCUUGCUGUGUUUUAGCCAUACUGUAUUUUGCACAAUGGUUUAUUGAAUUAAUCCAUUUGCCUUAGUUUGGAAGCCCAUUCAAGCAUAAAAUGAUUACAGAAAGCCCUUGAUUUAACAGACCUCAGUUUAGUUGACUUUCAGUACACUGAACAAAAUCAGUUCACACACUGUAUGCUUCUGUGUAAAAUCCCAAUUGCUAUUUUAUGCAUGCUUCGGGUAUGUAAAAUAUGCAUAUAUAAAAUCCCUUUAAGAUUUUAUGACAAUUCUGCUUUAACUCUGUUUAUUAUACAGUGAUGGAGCUCACACAACACAUUGAACCACAAAUUAGCCAACCAUAGUUUAGGUCAGUGUUUUCUGCAGACCCAGCCAAUGGGGUUGAGGGAGAAUUUGUGGUCCAUGGAGUCCUGAAGAUAGUUUAUUCAGCUAGAAGGAGACACGUUCCAUUGAAGGUGCAGCACAGAUUGUGGGGCUAAAUGCUUGGUCUAGUGAGCCAGAAGGCUUUGUUUACUCUUCAGUGAUCAGUUCUGUGCAACCAGUUACAAAGUCUAGACAGUCCAACAACAAGGCACGCAACACACUUACCACUAAUUGUAUUAUGUGAUUAUUAUUGCAGUUAUUGGAUAUGAUUCUGUUUCACAUUGGUGACUGAUUUUUAAGUAAAUCCUAAAUUUAUUAUUAUAUUUUUAUCCCACCUUUAAAAAUAUUUUUGGACAACUCAGGGCAAUGAACUUACCUAAUAUGUGAGAUGGGUUGGGCUAAGAAAGAAUGAUUGGCCCAAAGUGACGCAGCUGGCCUAAGGGAAGCCUAGAACUCACAGUCUCCUGGUUUCUAGGCCAACACCUUAGCCACUACACCAAAUUGGCUGUAGGUACUAAAGCACUAGGCCCUAAAAGUUGAGAGAAAAUAAAUUGUGGAAAAAGCGGAAUAAGAUUUAUCAGAGAUGGUGAGUGGAGUGGGACUGAUAGUUAAAUGUAAAGAAAAAGAAUGGAUACUCUGGAAGAGCUUGGUGAUACCCCUCUUCCCUCCCUAAAAUGCAUACCCAUACACUCUAGUGCAUUUUUAAAUAACCUGACAAAAAGUUACUGAAGUCAUCUGAUUAUACUCUGGUUGUUUGCCUGCAUCCCCCUAUGCUGGUGUGACUAUAUCCACAUUUUAGAAUAAAAUGGUGAUGACUACUGAGCCCACAGCUUGUGUUUCUUCCUCUCUUUUUAAGGAAGAUGAGUUCAACAGCCAAUAAUACUGCUCUCCAGGACUUAAGGAUCUCAGAAAGUCAUGAUGGAAACUGAUUCCUCCAGUUAAAAAAUUCAGAGACAGUAUGGCCGCCACUGCUGCAGUUAGCCCCAGCGAAUACUUGCAGCCUGCUGCUUCAGCAGCUCAGGAUUCUCAGCCAUCUCCACUAGCCCUGCUUGCAGCCACAUGUAGCAAAAUUGGCCCUCCAGCUGUAGAAGCAGCGAUUACUUCUCCUGCCCCUCCUCAGCCUGCCCCUCGGAAAUUGGUUCCUAUUAAGCCUGCUCCGCUCCCCCUAAGUUCUAACAAGAACAGCAUUGGAAUCUUAUCAUCAAAAGGAAACCUCUUCCAAAUUCAAGGUUCUCAACUGGGGACAUCAUAUCCUGGUGGACAGCUGGUAUUUACAAUCCAGAACCCAGCUGUAAUCAGCAAAGGAACGCGCUCUCCUGCCAAUAUCCAGUAUCAGGCGGUACCACAGAUCCAAACAGCAUCAGGACAGACGAUUCAGGUGCAGCAAAAUUUGGGCAAUCAAAUACAGAUUAUUCCCAGCAAUAUCACCCCUUCCUCUUCUUCCUCUUCAUCAUCGUCGUCCUCUUCUUCAGCUCAUAAGCCUGUGCCAAUAAAGCCAGCUCCAGCUCAUAAGUCAUCAGCAGCCGCUCUCCACAACACAAGCAGUGUUGUCAAGUUAACUGGCACCAGUGGCAACGUCACUCUUACUCUUCCAGUGAGCAAUCUUGUAACUGCUGGGGAGACUAGUACUCAGACUCAAGUUGUACCUGACAGCCCCUCUAAGCCAAGCAGAAAAACCCGAAAGAAAAUGGUAUCACAAGCUCAGACAACUGCAAUGGCUGUGACAGAGCAAGUGGAAACAGUCUUAAUAGAGACUACAGCUGACAACAUCAUCCAGGCAGGGAACAAUCUGUUGAUUGUGCAGAGUCCUGGCUCUGGGCAGCCAGCUGUGGUCCAACAGGUGCAAGUAGUUCAGCCCAAACAAGAGCAGCAGGUAGUUCAGAUACCCCAGCAAGCCCUACGGGUAGUCCAGGCAGCCUCAGCCACACUCCCUACAGUUCCCCAAAAGUCCCAACAAAACUUCCAGAUCCAGACAACGGAACCAAUUCCCACUCAGGUCUAUUUUAAGACGCCUUCUGGUGAGCUACAGACAGUACUACUCCAAGAAGCCCCAGGCGUAACUGUGGCCCCUUCCCCUGCGGUCUCCUCAGCCACAACCUGCAGCAGCCCUGUACCACGCAGUUCCCAGUCAGGGGGAAGUACCAAAAAGACAGGGGCUCGCAAAGAGCGUGCUCUGCCAAAGAUUGCCCCUGCUGGAGGCAUCAUCAGCCUCAACGCAGCCCAGCUCGCUGCUGCUGCUCAGGCAAUGCAAACUAUCAGCAUCAAUGGUGUGCAAGUUCAGGGUGUUCCUGUUACCAUCACCAAUACUGGAGGCCAACAGCAGUUAACAGUGCAGAAUGUUUCAGGCAACAAUCUAACCAUCAGUGGCCUGAGCCCUACUCAAAUCCAAUUGCAAAUGGAACAAGCGCUCUUGGGGGACCUGCAGCCUGGGGAGAAGAGACGGCGAAUGGCUUGCACCUGCCCUAAUUGCAAGGAUGGGGAGAAAAGGUUGGGGGAUCAAGGAAAGAAGAGGCACAUCUGCCAUGUGCCUGAAUGUGGGAAGACCUUCCGCAAAACUUCCCUUCUGCGGGCCCAUGUGCGUCUGCACACAGGCGAGAGGCCAUUUGUCUGCAACUGGGUCUAUUGUGGAAAGCGAUUCACACGCAGUGAUGAGCUGCAACGGCAUGCCCGAACGCAUACAGGUGACAAACGUUUUGAGUGUGCCCAGUGCCAAAAGCGCUUCAUUAGGAGUGAUCAUCUGACAAAGCACUAUAAAACCCACUUGGUCACCAAGAACUUGUAGGGCUGGAUGCAAGCAGGAAAAGCGAGGAAGCGGUAUGGGUGUUUUUCACCCCUCAUCAUGAGAGAUGGUCUCUGCAAAGGACAGAAAGAAUGCCCAGAUAAUUGUCCUGAUUGUGUGACAGCUUUCCCAGCCACAUCUGCCCAAGGAAAAAUGUAAUGGCCGCUGCUCCUUCAAGCAAACUGCCUUCACACUGGCACACUCCUUUGGAACUUCUUGGAAAAUGCAUCAGACUUCCAGGCUUGAACCUGAGAUGAAGGAGGAGCAACACCAUCUCCAAAUAAGCUAAAAUCAGCACAAGCCCAGUAGCAGACCUGGAAAAGGACGGGGGGAAAGCAAGGCAAAACCCAUUUAUGCACCUUCCUCAGGAGCCUGCAGAGCCAGUGCCCUACUCUGCUGCACCAAAGGGCCUCCUUAUGGGUUUGAGAGUAGCACCAGCGAAAUUACCCCACUUGUAAUUUUGGUUCCUCUUCCCACUCACUCCCAUGUGCUUGUGAAGCUUUUGAAUGAGGGGCAGGGAAACCAUCCAAAAUGGGACUCUGUCCCCCUAGCACAUUCCUACUUUAUAUUUAAAAAACUAUAAAUAUCUAUAAAUA